AUGUAUUCUGCGAAUCGCUCACAUCGUGCAGAAACUCGAAAUCGCACCAAGGAUGAAUUGAGAAAAGUGAGUUGUAAUCAAGUGUUUCGCAAAACUUCUAUUUCUUUAGGUAAUCGCGUCUGUCGAAAAAGUGCGAAAAUGGGAAAAGAAAUUGGUUUUGAUCAAAGACACCAAUAUUCGGAUAUAUAAAUGGGUUCCUGUCAGUGCUCAAAAUAUUCUUCCACCACCACCAAAAGUGAAAGCAAUAGAUGAGGAAAGUAACACAAUUCAAUCAGCUGAGGAAAAUUCGCAAGGUAUGUGGCUCCUAAAUGAAAUCAUGCACUUUUUGACAACAAAAAACAUCCUCGUUUGGCUGAUUUUUGGUGCAUUCUUUAUUGAGUGUUCUAUAGCAUCAAGCCUAAGCCUAAAGGGAUCGAAUCUUCUGAUUCUUUUCCUUUCUCAGUUUCCUCUUCUGAAGAAAAUGAGACUUUCAAAACAAUCCAGAAUUGGCAUCGCUGAUUUGAUUUCUCAUAAAAAUUGUUGAAUUUCUGAAAUAGACCAGGAUUCGUUCUAUCGUUUCAAAAUUUAAUAAGAUUUUUGAGAUUUCGUAUCACUUCAGUGAAGAUAAUAAUCUACGAGGUAUAUAAUAAUAAGUUUGGUUUUGGAAAGAAUUUCUAUGAAAAAUGCGAUAGAUGUUCUAUUCAAUGAAAUAACAAACAAUAUUUUCAGAUUCUACAAGUGUUACUCAACCACCAAACUUCGACAUCAAUGAAGAUUCGAACUUUUCGACUGGCGACAACUUUGACAGCGAUUCGAAUCAAACUUUCGAACCACAAAACUAUCAAGGUGGCGACACUGGAGCUUCGACUGAUUUCAGCUCAAUGCGCGAUGCUGAAAUGGACAAAUGA